CAACUUCAACAGAAUUUUCAACAACAACAGAACUUCAAACAACAACUGAACAUUUAACAAUGACUGAACCUCCAACAUCGACUGAACCGUUAACAACGACUGAGCCUACAACCACAAUCACAACUGAACCUCCAACAACGACUGAACCUCUAACAACAACUGAGCCUACAACCACAAGCACAACUGAAUCACUGACAACAACCACAACUGAACCUCCGACAACGACUGAACCUCUAACAACAACCACAACUGAGUCAACCACAACUGAACCACAAGCAACAACCACAACUGAACCUCCAACAACAACCACAACUGAAUCUCCAACCACCACAACUGAACCACUAAUAACCACCACAACUGAACCACUAACAACAACUGAGCCUACAACCACAAGCACAACUGAAUCACUGAUAACAACCACAACUGAACCUCCAACAACGACUGAACCUCUAACAACAACCACAACUGAGUCAACCACAAAUGAACCACAAACAACAACCACAACUGAACCUCCAACAACAACCACAACUGAAUCUCCAACCACCACAACUGAACCACUAACAACCACCACAACUGAACCACUAACAACAACUGAGCCUACAACCACAAGCACAACUGAAUCACUGACAACAACCACAACUGAACCUCCAACAACGACUGAACCUCUAACAACAACCACAACUGAGUCAACCACAAAUGAACCACAAACAACAACCACAACUGAACCUCCAACAACAACCACAACUGAACCUCCAACAACGACUGAACCUCUAACAACAACCACAACUGAGUCAACCACAACUGAACCACAAACAACAACCACAACUGAACCUCCAACAACAACCACAACUGAAUAUCCAACCACCACAACUGAACCACUAACAACAAGCACAACUGAAACACAAACAACAACCACAACUGAACCUCAAACAGCAAUAACUACUGAACCUCUAGUAACAACCACAACUGAAUCUGCAACCACCACAACUGAAUCUCCAACCACCUCAACUGAACUUCUAACAACAACCACAACUGAGCCAACCACAACUGAACCACAAACAACAACCACAACUGAACUAACAACAACCACAAUUGAACUAACAACAACCACAACCCAACCUCCAACAACCACAACCCAGCCUACAACAACGUCUACGACCGCCAGCUCAGAGGCAGCAAUCAAUGUAACAGAACUGAAUUCCAGUGAGGACACCUCCACAGCCUACACAGACGUGACCAGAACGGCCCCUCCCACAGUGAAUUGUACAAGUAUAGCUGUCAACGUUCAACACGUGACCCCACUAGAUGAUUCCUAUCUCUACAUCGGCUCCACGGCCACAGUCAGGGUAUCUGUUGUCAUUCCCGUGGGAUAUAUUGAAGAGUUGAGAAUCACCCUCAUCCACGAUGGGGAGAAUGUUGACUUCGAUACUAUAAAGGCAAAUCAUACAGGCAACAUGGAUUUCACCGAUUCCACAUCCGUGUGGAGUAGAUAUUACAAUACAAGUUUCCAAAGGUUUCACAGAGUCUGUUACAAAUUUUAUAACAUUACCACGUCAUAUUCCAACAGUACUGAAAAUCGGCUACUUUCUGAUUUUUAUGUGUAUCUGCAUAACGCAAAAGGUUUACAAGAUGGACAAAACAUAAGCAUAGAUGCAAAAGUUUCUUACCAGUGGAAUGGAAUAAAUCUGAUUGAAUGUCCAGUCCAUCCGUUCAGUUUUACCAUAAAAACACUGCUUUUGAAAAUGAAUAAGACGGCUUCCUUUUCCAUGGUGGCACCAAAGACAUCUGAACUCCCUUCUGGAAUCAACCUACUUAAUAAAAUUACGUUUAGGGCGUGGGUUCCAGAUUAUAAUCCUUCGAUUAAAGUUCUUCUGCAAAGACACACCGACUCUCUUUGGAUUGCAUACUUGCGAGUGCCCAGCGUUGGAUUGUCAUAUAGGACAGGCUACGGAGAUAUCCGAUUGCUUAAAGUUUCAAGUUGUGGUGCUAACACCUCGUUGUUGAUAGAAUUCCCCUCACACUGGGUGAACAGAGGUUACUACAAAGAUUCAAAAACAACGGCCUAUGACAAAAUAGAAUUCGAGGCCGGUAUUAUGAUGACAAAGUCAGCUGAUUUGGAUUCAGAACAAACUGUCCGCAUAAGCAUUCUAUUGGAUGAUGUUGAAGUGUGGAACUCGACAGUUUCCCUCAAAGUCAACUCUACAGUAAAUGCGGAUUCACUGGUCAAGAUGUCGAUAGUUGAUGACCUCGUGAAUGGACCUAUCGUAUCCUCCAGCAAUAUACCACUAAUGUUAGUCAUCGAAACACCAGCGAACACGGCAGAGAUUAUAAAUAUCAGGUUAUGGACAGGAAAUCUCUUGGAGACAGGGGAACCAGCAGCAAUAAUUAAGAAUGUGUCUUUUCACCGUGCUGACGAAAACAUUACGUGUUAUGACCUGAAUGCACUUUAUCACAAAACAGAAAACUCAUCGGUUCAGAACUCCGCCUUAAUUCAUUUGAAGUAUGUAAAUUCUGCUACAGACAGUAUUACUAGUUUCAUAAAUCUGACUUUUGAAGUCAAUGUUGUGCAGGAAAAGAUGAAUUUUGCAGACAUGUAUGUCGUGUUUGUUGCCCUUGGAACUGUGACGUUAAAAUAUACGAUUAACAUGAAGCUACCCGAGAUUUUGAAAGACAGAAACAACACAUUGUUAGGACAGUUUCAUAAGUUACUGGACGGUGAUAACAGCACCUGUGUUGAUUUACCUGUUAUGGGAAAUUUCCCUCCAUUAUUUUGGACAAGGGUUCAUACCGCAUGGUUUAGAAUCAAUGCAUCAACGUUCGAAAUAACAGUGAUUGGGAAAGAUAUAUCUUGCCAACGAAAUGGUUACAAGAUUUCGCAGGUAUCCAUACCUACAUCGAGCUCAAAGAAUGGAUUCCAUGGAGAUCUGAAGUUUUGUGAUGUAACUUAUAAUGGAGACAUGAACAGAAAUAUUAGUAAAUGUGUUUAUAAUUGUCAGUGCAAAAAUCACGUGGAAUGUAGCGAAGUGAUUUUGUUCAUGGCAAAUCAUGGGGAGGCCUCCGACUGGAAUUUAUGUGAAUUAUCCGCAGUUAAUGUUUAAAGAAGAACCAUCCAUAGCUAUAUGUACAUGUAUAAUAUAUUUUCACUAUAGGACUCCACUUUAGUUUGAGACUUAUGCUUACUUUAUAAACAUAAAUAUUAUUAAACGACGUCUCAUAUCAAUCCAAAAUCCGGAAGUAAAGCUGAGACUUUCUAUUACGCCCCUUAAAGAGUUUCACAUUCAUACUGACGCGCUGCCAGCUAUAGGCUGCACCACUCUAUUAAUGUUGCCUAAUGUUCUUACCAAAAUUACUCACCUUUGAUUUGACCCUGCCUCCUUAAAGUAAACUUCUCAGACGUCUUACUUUUACAUCAUGUAGUACUGUAAUACAAUCAAAGUUCCGGGACUUAUUUUCGACGUGAACCUCCACAUAGAUAAAGUGAUGCAACCUGCAAUAAAAAUAUGGUUUCUUUGAAUUUCAAUAAACUUCAUAAAAAAGAAGUUGAAUGAUAUGUGUGUGUGACUGUACAUUCAUUUUUGUUUUAAUUUCUGAUAUUCAUGAAGUGAAACAAACCUUGGAUAAAUGAGUUGUUUGGAUGAAAUUGAGGCCAUUUUGAGCAAUUCUGAUAGAAAGCGUAUGUGUGUGAAAUUUGGAUUUUUCACCUAUUUUUUUGUAAUUGCUGAUAACGAUUUUUUUCAUAUGGUUGUGGAAGGCUUUACCUUAUAUGUAAGAAAAUUGUUGGUGAUUUUAUGUGGUAUACUAAUAUACUAUUGAGAUUUGAUGUGUAAAAUUGCAAUUGAAAUGUGAUGAUGUUCUUGAUUAGACUUAUCAAAUUCA